AUGUCUCAGUUGUCAGCUGAAGAUGAGGUGGAGUUGCAGUCCCUGCUCAAGCAGCUUCUGAGAAGCAUCAACGACAGGAUCUCUGGUGCUCCAUCAACUGAAUGUGCCGAAGAGAUCCUCCUUCACCUGGAGGAGACUGACAAGAAUUUUCACAAUUAUGAGUUUGUCAAGUAUCUCCGUCAGUAUGUGGAAAGCUCUUUGGGUACUGUGGUGGAGGAGGAAACCAAGAACUUGACCAGAGGAGAUGGACAACAUGCAAUUGGCUCAGGUCACGACGCCCUGAUCCAUGCCAUCACCCGAAGGACCAGAGACUCAGCUGAAUAUCAGCAGAUGAUGCAGACCUUGAAAAACACCAUGAUCAUGGUGGUGGAGUCUUUAAUCAAUAAGUUUGAAGAGGACCAGAUGAGGAAGGAGGAGAUGCACAGAGAGAAGCAGCACAGUCAGUCAAACAGCCAGUACACUGACAACUGCUCUGAUAGCGACUCCUCCUUUAACCAGAGUUAUGCGUUUAUCCGACAAGAACAACUACAAAUCUUGGCUGAAAAACUUGACUCCAGCAGACCCAAAGAGGUACGUUGGGAGGCUCUUCAGGCCCUCCGCUGUGCCCCUCCGUCUGAUGUGCUCAGCUGUGAGAGCUGGAGCACCCUGCGCAGGAAGCUCUGUGCAGCUCUGACCGAGCCUGACCCUGACCUCAGCGAUAAUGUCCUGCAGUUCUUUGCUAAAAGCUUCUCCUCCUCUCCUAUGAAUGUGACACGAGAGAUCUACACCAGCUUGGCUAAAAGUGUGGAGUCGAGUUUUCUGUCUCUCAAGCUGAGCUUCCCAACGGGCUCAGCUACCAUCGACAUUAACAGGCCUGAGAUCAUUCGUCUUCUCAAACAGAUUCGAUUGAUGAAUGACUUUCAAAAGGAGGUGACAACCUUUUGGAUCCGUCAUCCAGAGAAAUACAUGGAGGAAGUUGUAGAGAGCACCUUCUCCCUGUUGUCCUUUCAUCAUGAACAUGUCUCAGCCUCUCCGGAGACAGAGAAAGCCCUAGAACCGAUUCACUUACUGGCCUUACUGGAUGUUAAAGCUACCUGGUUUAAAAAGUGGAUGCAUGGCUACUACAGUAGGACUGUGGUUCUAAGACUCCUGGAGAGAAAAUACAACUCUCUGAUUGUUGCCGCUCUUCAGCAGUGUAUCCUUUACAGCGAAUCCUGUGAGCGCUUCACAAACAAGACAACUGAUCCCCAGUCAGCAGAGCAGCAGAAAUUUUUACUUUCUGUUGAUGUUUCAGUCCAGAGGAGUGUUUAUUCAGGAAAGGAGCUUGAAUACGCCUUCUUUGUCCAUUCUGUGUGUGUCCUGGGAAAACUCCUAAUCUACACCAAUGGAAGAAAACUAUUUCCCAUCAAAGUGAGGAAACGCAAAGACCCAGUCAGCCUGACAGACCUGGUUGUCAUCCUGAUUAACAUCAUGUAUCAACACCCUAAACCUCCACACAGUGACACCUCACACACAGACUCCUUGUCGCCCAGCAGUCUGGUGAUGGAGGUGCUGUGGAUGCUGUGCGAGAGGACAGAGUGUGCUGCAGAGUGUCUCUACCAGACUGCUGUCAUAGAGACACUGCUGGCUCCUGUUAUAGCUCUGCUCAAUGGACAGCAGGCCAAAUUAAAGUCUCCCGCGGCAACACUGACUCUUAUUGCUGACGUUCUGGCUCGCAUCGCAAACACAGACAGAGGAUUAGCUCUCUUUUUAUACGAGAAGAAUCUCCUUGUGGCCCUUAGUGAGAGAACCUCUGCUGCUCUCGUCAUUGUACAGUUUACCCUGAAGCUGCUAAACAAGGAGCUGUCAUCACUAAGUGAAUCGGACACGUCCCAUACAUUAUGUGGAGCUUUUAUCUUUGUCUGUAGACAGAUAUACAACACCUGUGAGGGUCUGCAGGUCCUCCGACCCUACGGCUUGCACAAGGCUGUAGCUGCUGCAUGGAAAAAGACCAGUUCCUUGUCAGAAAGGAUACCUACUCCGGUACCUGGUGCCACUGCUGCAGCAUCCACCCAGGAACUGCAGAAUAUGCUCAUCUGGGAGGAAACGUUGUUGGACAGCCUGCUGAACUUUGCUGCAACUCCUAAAGGCCUGCUGCUGCUCCAGCAGACUGGGGCCAUCAAUGAAUGUGUCUCCUACAUGUUCUCUCGCUUUACUAAAAAACUACAGGUGAGCCGCUGUGAGAAGUUUGGAUACGGGGUGAUGGUGACACAGGUGGCAGCAACUGCUCCGGGGGUGGUGGCUUUGCACUCUUCAGGUUUUGUCCGGGCGCUGGUGAUUGAGCUGUGGUCAGCUCUGGAGUGUGGAAGUGAAGAUGUGACGGUGGUCCGUCCCAAACCAACACCCAUGGACCCUAUCGAUAGGAGCUGCCUAAAGUCCUUCCUGUCCUUGGUCAACCUGCUCUCCUCUUCCCACUCAGUAUGGGAGCUGCUGGGCCGACAGCCUUUAGCCAACAAGAGUGAAUACACCCUGAGAGAAAUGCCAACCUCUGUUCCUGAUUUGACUGACAGGCUGAUUGCUGUGAAUUCAGAUGCGAAGAUUCAUUCCCUGUUCCACUAUGAGCAGUCUCACACAUUCGGCCUGAGACUGCUCAGUGUGCUCUGCUGUAAUCUGGACUCAUUUCUGCUGUUGGAGAGCCAGUACAACAUCUGCUCCAUGCUGCUGCAAAGUCAGAGGGAGAACGUCGCUGAGCCAGACACUAGUGAGGGGGAGUUCAUCAUAGACAGUCUGUCAGUGGAGAGGAAUCAUGUGCUAGUGCGUGUGAGUCUGGUGGGAGGUCCAUCUGAGAGAAGGCUUCCUCCUCGAGCCCUGCAAGAGGGUGAACAUCCUUACCCCUGGCCCAUGUUUUCAAGCUAUCCUCUACCUCACUGCUACACCUUGGACCCACCGCAGAUCCUCCAUAACUCACAGGAUUCUGAGAUCAGUGCAUUUCUGGCAUCAUCUAAAGACACAAAGAGCGAAGGGAGCUGGAUGAAGAUCUGCCGUCAGCAGUACUGCAAAGUCAUGACCUCCAAACCCAGUGUCCUAACUGGAAAGGUGCUGGGUGACCUUCUGGAGACUGUUGUGGCCCAUCUAUCCAACUCCGCCACAGAGUGCUUCUUCUCUCCAGCUCAGUACAAAGCAGAGGAGAGGAGUGUGAAGAGUGCCGUGUUAUCAUCUGUGGAACAGCUGGGAAUCAACAUCUGUCUCAGGUACGGCAGCUACCUCAAGCUACUCAAAGAUGACGCUGUGCACGACUUAACGCUGCUAAUGAAGCACAUAAAGAUCUUCUUGUCCUCGCAGAGAGUUAAAACGUCCUCAGAGCUCAUCACUCAGCAGGAUGGUUAUCCAGGCCACGACUGGCUGGCCUCCACAGUUUUCCUCAUCAUGGCUGGAGACAUGGACCGAUCUCUGCAGCUGUUACUAAGCCUCUCCUCUCUGCUUACCUCCGCAUUCAUCUGGCCCGCAAGGAUACACUCAUCUGUCCACGUUCCUGUGGAAGCAGCUGAAUCAGGAAUCCCUCCUGUCUACUGGUGCACGGCUCACUAUGUGGAAAGGCUGCUAAAAGCUGAGGUUCCUCUGGUCCACUCCGCUUUCAGGAUGUCUGGCUUCACCCCGUCACAGAUGUGCCUCCACUGGCUGACUCAGUGUUUCUGGAACUAUCUGGACUGGACAGAAGUCUGCCACUACCUUUCCACCUGUGUGGUGAUGGGUCCCGACUACCAGGUGUACACGUGUGUGGCCAUAUUCAGACACCUGCAGCCGGACAUCCUGCAGCGCACACAGUCCCAGGAGCUGCAGGUCUUCCUCAAGGAGGAGCCAAUCCAGGGCUUCAAGGUCAGCGACUACCUGGAGUUCAUGGAGGGACUGGAGAGAAGCUACAGAGACACUGUCCUCGCUGACAUGAAGAUUAUCCAAAACCCUGUUGAGUAGGAACAAGUCGAAUCUGUCUGUGGUUCACGAGGCACCAAAAAAAAAAAAAAAAAAAAAAAAAAAAAGUUUUCUAAACACGUUGGGCAACUUUUAAUCUGCUGUAACUUCACUGAAGAAGUGACUAAAUUCUGUUGUUCACCACUCACACAGAAUCAGUCAGUGGACUGUGACUCACUGAACAUGCAGAGUAUAUGCACCAUGAUUUCAUGCUGAUCAAACCAUGCAGUGGACUCCUACCCGGCAGAUGGGGAUGUAUCAUGGACGAGAGCGUUGCCAGAGGAAUUAAGAUGCUUCAGUUUGUGAUGACAUUGGUGGAAAACAGAAUUCACGAUAGAACAAUAUCUCCAAAUCAGUCGCUGUUUACAUUAGCACAAGAGAGAAACACCCUGUGGAGACAUCGGCUAAGACGUAAUUAGCCUAUAGAGCAUUAACAAGAAGUCCACAUUCUCUAAAACGUGUCAUAUCAUAAAUCACAGAAAUCUGCAGAGGACUGAACUCUGUUACUUUCCAUCACUUUCUACAACACAAAAGAUUACCACACUAAUUUAAUAAUUCAGUUUUCCUCUUGUCCUACAUGACAUUACUGUACAUGAUGUAAAUACUGUAUGUGAAGGUUAUGAGCAGCUUGUUCAGAGGAUCUAAAUCAGAUUUAUAAAGUACGCAAUUCUGUAUUUUUUCUUACAGUGUAAAUAUAUAAAUUUCUAAGAGCUUUUGUACAUGUGCUCCUUAAACUGUUUUCAGCUCUCAGUUACAAAUGUGAAUAGAUUUGAUUUAACAUGAAUCACAUAAAGUAUUUGUCCAGACUUGUAACAGCCCUUUGAAUUCUCUGUUGCCAUGGUCUCCUACAUGAUCAGGUCCUCUGCAGAGACUCGCCAUCUCAUGGCUGCGUCACACAUCAUUAAUGCCAGUACACGCAACAAGGCAUCACACAGCCUCUUGUGUUUGUGUACUUCUGCAGGCCUUUGUAUGAAAGAUGCAUGAGGAAGGUUGUAUCAU